AUGAUGAUUUUGAACAGCCAUUUCUUUUUAAACAUGAUGUGAAAGCGUUUCAAUUACCUUCUUUAGUUUCAAAAAUGAAUUUUACCGAUAAAUGUUACAUUAACGAAACAUUUCGUUCAUACCCUGGACAUUCAUACGUUCAUGCACGCGUGAAUCAAUUUUUGGUUUGUGAACAAAUCGAAUUGAACGAAGAUGAAUUCAGUGUAAACUUGAAAGAUUUAAAAUUAACAAUUUUUUCACGAAAUACUGACAUUGAACAAGAUGAUUAUAUGGUGAUGUCAACUCGAAAAGCAAGAUUAUGCGUAAACCGUUUGCAGACUUUGAAUAUACAAAAGGAUUCCUACAAUUCUGCAGUUGUAUGGAACACAGUGGCAUUGGUGUUCACUUGCAUAUCUCUUGUUUGUUUAGUUUUAACGUUUUUCACUUACUGCUUUUUAUCGAGUUUGAGAACCCUUCCAGGAAAAAAUAAUAUGUGUUUAGUAUUUGCAAUGUUCUGUGGGCAGUUCGUUUUUCAGUUUGUAGAAUUAGGUGCAAAAUCUGAUAUCGGAUGUAAAGUUAUCGGUGUUUUAAUACAUUAUUUUUGGUUGGUUACGUUUGGUUGUCUCAAUGUAUGUUCUUUUCAUAUGUUCUUCGUUUUUACAAGCAAAACAGGCAUUCAUAUAUCCGAAACUUCUAGACUGGCAGUUUAUAUAUUAUAUUCUUAUGGGAUACCAGCAAUAGUUGUAGUAUUAAAUAUUAUUAUAACCAGAAGUCUGUCUAGCGUUACAUUGAUUGGCUACGGAGGUCACGUUUGUUUUUUGAGCGAACAAGUCGCAUUCUAUGUUACUUUCCUCAUUCCAAUAAGUCUAGUUUGCUUUUCAAAUAUUUUCUUCUACAUUGGGACUGCUUUCAAAAUAGCACGACGACCAAAAUUGAAAAAUGAUUCACAAAUGAGUCUAAAUCGAAUUCAAUUUAGCGUGUACGUGAAAUUAUUUUCUAUAACGGGAAUAUCUUGGAUUUUUCAAAUUAUUGAUUCUUUCAUACCCUUUUCAGCCUUUUCGACAAUAGUUUCUCUUUUGAACGCUUUACAGGGUGUGUUUAUAUUUAUUUCGUAUGUCUGUAAUAGACGUGUAUUAAAUCUCUAUAAGCAAACUAGAAUGUCUCUAAGCGAAAACAGUAAUUCAAAAACAAGCAGACAUACAACAUCCACCGAACUGAGUGGAAAGUAGGUAUAUAAAAUAAACCGAAAAAGAUACAUACCAGCCUCUUUGUUGUGUAGACAUUAUUUAUAUAACCUGAGGAAACAGUGAAAUCUAGGCAUACAAUAUCCACCGAACUGAAUGGAAUUUAGAACUAUUUUUGGAUACAUCAGCCUCUUUGUUGAUUGGAGAUUAGACAUAUAAUCCGUGGAAACAGUGACGUUUAGGCCUACAGUAUUCAACGAACUGAGUUGAAUUGAA